ACAAGGAAGUUUCAAUGUAUCGUCUUGAUACAAUAAUAGCUUCACUUUACAGUGACUUCUCUUUAACAGCUUACUUUUUUAUUAUUUUGUACUCCAAAGAAGUAACAGCUUAAAAAUAGCGAUGCAACUUGAAUGAUGUUUAUUAUAAUGCCCACGCAUCGACAGCGCAACAUGUUUGUAUUGCUCCUGAUUUUAACUGUAACGCUGCUAUUUCCACUUGGACAUUCAUCGUUACCUCUUGUUGUCAAUACUUGGCCAUUCAAAAGUGCGACGGCUGCAGCAUGGAGUGCCCUGCAGUCCGGUGGCUCAGUGUUGGAUGCAGUGGAGAAAGGCUGUGCCCGCUGUGAAAUGGAGCAGUGUGAUGGCAGUGUCGGCUUUGGCGGGAGCCCCGAUGAGUCUGGGGAGACCACACUGGAUGCCAUGAUCAUGAAUGGUAACACAAUGGAGGUGGGCGCUGUGGCAGACCUGAGAAGAAUAAAAAAUGCCAUUGGAGUUGCGAGAGCUGUGAUGGAGCACACUGACCACACACUGCUAGUGGGAGAGUCAGCUUCCAUUUUUGCAGAAAACAUGGGCUUUGUUGCAGAAGACUUGACUACCAACAAAUCUGAGAAUAUUUUCUUACAGUGGCUGAAGGGCAACUGCCAACCUAAUUAUCGAAAGAAUGUCAUUCCGGAUCCUUCAAAGUCGUGUGGACCCUACAGACCCGUGGCAAUACAAAUGCAGAGCAAGAGGGCACGGCCUGUUAAUGGACACUCCCAUGACACCAUAGGUAUAUUUGCUCUUGAUCAACAUGGACAUGUUGCAGCCGGUACAUCAACCAAUGGACUUACUCACAAGGUUUCAGGGCGUGUUGGGGACUCUCCUAUUGUUGGAUCUGGGGCCUAUGCAGACAGCUCAGCUGGUGCUGCUGCAGCUACUGGAGAUGGUGACAUCAUGAUGCGCUUUCUACCCAGUUACUUGGCCGUGGAGCUGAUGAGGGCUGGGGCCGAUCCCUCAGCAGCCUGCAAGUCGGCCAUUUCCAGAAUCAAGAGGCAUUACCCCCAAUUCUUUGGAGCCAUCAUCUGUGCUAACACAACAGGACAUUAUGGUGCAGCUUGUAACAAAGUCCAGAGCCUCACAAAGUUCCAGUACAUGGUUUCAAACUCGGAGUCAGACACGCCAACCCUGAAGUCUGUAGAUUGUUUUUAGAUGGAGAUGGACUCUCUCUGCAUCUUUAAGUGUAUGAAUUCAGUCUCCUUGCUGUCAUUUAUUUCCAUGAUUUAAUAAAUCCGAAUUAAAAAAUAAUACACUUGUCAAUAAAAAUGGGAACUAGUUUAA